UUUUUUUAACAGCGAAUGAUGUCAUAUUUGUUUCAGAAUUCCUGCCACACGGGAAUCCGGAAAGCUGUUCUAAAAAUCCUAUCUGUUCUCUUUUUCCUAUCCAGUGCCACACUAUACUCAGCAGUUUUGGGGAUUUUUUUUGGUAAGGCAGUACAUAUCAAACUUAAAAGCAAGAAGCAUUUCUUACAGACUUGGAACAUUUGACAUAUUACACUGCUUCAUUUGCUCCCUUCUUUCAGCUCUAUGUACAAAUGAAGACAACCAGGUUGAGUGGUCUGAAAAGGAGAAGGAAGCAAUGCACUGCUUCCCUUAAAAAUUGGUUUUACAGAGAAGGGGAAUUGUGAAAAGCUGUCAUGGGUUACAGUUACCAGCAGGACUGCAUGUUAUCAGUGGCAUUGAUCUUUUUUAAAAAAUUGUUGGACAGAAGGAAGCCUGGUUGCAGGUUGGUCAUACAAAUAAAGGAGAACAUUGGAAAAUGGCGGAAGCUAAGCAAUGAGAGGAAAUUCUGGCUGGUACUAUGGUGAUUGCACAUUAACAAAGGUGAACAAGAAAGGAAUGAGAAGCAGAUGGAAAAGGGAGGAUAAAGCAGAGAGCAAAUAUAGGUAGUGUAAAAAUAAACAGUUUAUCACUUAGAGGCAACUAAAUGUACAUGUCCAAGACCCAUCUGCAUAUUAGUUUUUCAUGCAGGAAAUUAUGGUGAGUUGCUAUCAGGAUGAGCUUGUAACUGUGAAACUCCAAACAAAGUAGCCAUAAUCAAUACUUAUAUUAAUAAACGGAGAGUUUAGUGGUCCUAACUGAAAUCUGGUAAGAUCUCUGUAGCUUGCCUUAUCCAAAGGACAGCAGCAGAUUUGCAAGCAGGCUGCUUCUUGCCCCUAAGUUAAUGCAGUGAAUGUAAAUAGUAACAAUAAAGUAGAAAAAGAUAAAUUAGGUGUUUAAACACAAAAAAAAUUUGUUACUUCUAGUGAAGCUGUAGUCUCAUGCAAUGUAAUGACAUUGUAUGUAACUGGUGAUUUUUUUACAAACUUUGCAUUGGUCCCUAUAAAAAUACCUUUUUUAUACUGGAUUUGUGUAAACAUGUGAAGAAUAAAAUCAUUCCAGUGUUGAUAGUGUAGCGUGAACAUUAUGUUUUGUGUAGUGAUAUUGUCAAGUUUGUAAAUGAUUACCUUGCAUUCUACAUGUGAAGGAAAAAGGGGUGAAUGUCAACAGGCUGAUUAAAGGUAGACCAGUCAUGACGCUUCCAUGGAAUUAAAUAUACUAAUCAGAUUCUGAGCUUAGGAGACAAAAAUAGAAAAAGAAGUGGAUCAAGACAUUGCUUCCUCUUUUAUUUUUAAUUUUCAUUGACAAAGCUGACAUUUUGUAAUGCCUGGGUAAGUUUGGUUGUUAUUAUCUACUUUAGCUGUAAAGAGUUAAAUAACGAGUAGUCCUUUGUUGCCCGAGUGAUUUGAGGGAUAUGUGUAUAUAGCAUAACAUUGCUGGCUGUGGUUGACAAUACAGAAGUGGGUAAGUCCAAGGCAAAAAAAAAUUUGAACUUGUUAUCCUAUUAAGCCUUAGCAAGACAGACAGCCCAUCCUUCAUGAGCUUAGAAAAGCAAACUAUUCACAAAGCAUCCAUGGUAGCAAGCAACUGUCUGAGGAACAUGAAUAUUGGCUCAUAGUAAUGGUAAGUAUAAAUGUCUUUUUUUUUUUAAAUUAGACCCUACUAGGUUGUAUUCUGUAGAUAUUAAUUGUUAUAACUAAUCAUAACCAUUAUAAAAUAGGAGCAUUCUUCAGAUUUUUUCACAGUGAGAAAAUAAGAAUGUUUUCUUAAAUUAUAGAUUUUUAAGAUGGAUAUUUACUUCCUGAGACUGUAUCUUGUCAUUUUAGCAUGUAGGAACUUCUUAAAAGAUAUUUUGAGAGCAUUUGAUGAAGAAAAAAUUAUUUUAUGCAGUAUAAAAAAGAUACAAUGCACAAUAAACUAUGUUCUUUAUUUACAAAUAUGUUUUUACUUAUGUGAUAAUAAAUACAUGAACAUUGAUUGCAAUGAACUGAUACUACUGGAAAAAUCUGAUCAGUAAGUUGAAAUAUUCAUUAUAUAGUACUUGUGUUAAAAUCAUCACAGAAUCCGGUAUGGACAACACAGAGGCUACCUACUAGUUUGCUGCAGUGUAAAGCAGGACAUAUUUUUAAAUGAAGGGAAGAAUGAGAAAUGUUGAUGCAGAAAUUAAAUAUCUCCAAAAUCUGAAAUAAAUACGUGUCCUUAUUAGUGCAUUAUUUUGUCUUUUUUGUUGCAAAAGCUCAAAAUAAUUAACUAAAUGCAAGAUUACUUAGUAAGUAGGCAGAAGCGUUAUAAGAAAUUAGUUUAACAUACCAUUUUGCAGAACUUAGGAGCCAAAACCUAUGACUUGACUUCUCCCUAAAAAGACAGAAAUACUUGUGUAUAUACAGCCCAUGAUGGCUGAACUGUUUUUCACUACGACUUUACUGGGACUUGCAUUCUCAAUAUGCAUUUAAAAUAAUCUUGAAGAUAUUUGACUGACUGCUACUGAGCGCACCCUGCCUCAGGGAGACAGCUUUAACAUAAUGGCAAGAAUAGUAUACCUAGUAUUUCUUUUCAAAAGAUUGGUCAAAAUCUAUUUAACACUUUGUCUGGUGUCCCUUGCUGCUUAUAGACAAGUCAAAGAUAAUGCAAAAUCUGAUUACAUGGGAUUUGGAUUUCCUAAAUAUGCUAGUUUAUGGCUUGUGUGAUGUGUUCUUAGUUGCUUAGACAGUAACAUUCCUUGACAAUCAGAACUGCAGAAAUUUUGACUGGCGUUUGAUAUCUCCAUGAUCUGAAAAAGGAAGAUCCUGAUUCAGUGUGCUCAUUAAAGGUCCUGCAGCACAUUUCAUGAAAUAGUACAGUACCUGUUGCAGAUUGAUCUCACUGCCCCAUGCUCUUCUAAGUGUUCCGUUUGGAUGCUCCAUCCUCAGGGCGAAAUGGAUACUGCCAAAUAUCUACUGAGGUCCAUUUGAAUGGAAGCUGAUUCUUAACAGUCAUAUAAUUCACAUUUUUAUUAAUUUUGUAAAAUGCUUUAGGGUACUGUUACACACCCUAUAAGUGGCUGCCUGCUUCUUUCUUUAUAGAAAUUUUGUAGACAACUUUUUUAAAGACCUGUAUUUUCAGACAUUUUUGAUAACACAUCUUGUAUGUGUUUGACAUAAAAUACAUUUUUUGGCAACAGUACUGCAAAAAUGAGUGUUCAGAAGUUUUUUAAAUAAUGUACUAGUGGAAACAAUAAAAAGGAAAACCAGAAGGUACUUCAGUAGGAGAUACUUCAGUGAGGCAAGUAAGGAAUAGAAGAAUACUGAGAAAUACAGAUAUGCAGUGGAAGUAAAUUAGUAAAUUCAGUAUUGUUAAGAUCAUCUGGGCAAUGGGGACAACAAGUAGGAUUCUAUAUCCAGAGGAAGGAAACAGAAGGGUUUGAUUUGGUUACAAAACAGAAGGAAAGAGCAGUAAAAGGUUCUCGUUUCAAAAAGGCUUGUUUUGGGAUGCAGUGACAUCAUUCUUCUACAGUACAGGAUUCAGUGGGGAGGUAUUCAGUGAGCUGCCACUGAAUAUAAUUAUAGCCAUGCCUUCUAUAACAUAGGAUACUGAAAUUGUAGGAAGGGAAAUUGAGAACUUCAAAUAUUUUGCAAAAGUAUUGUGUCAUCACACCAUUCCUAUUCAACAUUAGUAAAUACAUUCACCAUGUUUUCCUUUGUUUUUUUACUUUGUCUUUUCUGCCUGUCUCAUCAGUACUGUAUAAGUUCACUGAACAUGCUUGUUUAGAAAACUUAAGAACACGUUUUCACAUUAAAUGUCCAUUAUAUAAAUACAUAAACAUAAAAUAACUUCCGUAUUUUCAAUUUUACCUUACCAGAAUUUUUUAAGGCAACUCUUCUGCCUAGAAAGAUGAACUUAAAGGCAUAUGUUAGAGAAGUAUUUUUUUGCCUUAUUAUCACAGAAUUUGUUGUCACUUGCAUUAUCCUGAAAGAAAUAGUAUUACAGAUGUCAUUCACAGUGCAAAUUAAUGCAUUCUAGGCAGAGCUUUAACUGUAUUUAUAGUGUGAUAUAAAUACAGCCUUAUUUAUAAUGUGAUUGUUUACUCAAAAUUAGAUGAUGUUAUUCUGAGCUCACCCAAGCACUGCUGUUUGUAGUAAGAAUAACCUGUCACAUAGAGAACCAUGUCGCUGGACAUUGGCUUCCAUCCAGUGAGCAGCUGAGUGCCUCUAUUCCCAGCUAAGCUGAUUGGACUCGUAUUCCUCUCACAUCCAGCAGUGGGCAAAAUAGUCCCUAAUGCAGGGUCUGACCCUGCAGUCCUGAUGCACACAACUAAUUCUUACUCAGGUCAAGAGGUCUACUCGUGACUGGGAUUGAAGGUGAUGAAAUUCCUAAUUCUGUCAGCACAGCUCAGCUGCAGGACCAAUAAAGUAAGAAUAGACAAAGGCAAUGCAUGGAUAAAAUGAAUGAAAAGCAAAGAACUGGUGCCUCUUCUGAUGUGGUAGACUUUAGAGGAGAAAGGAUAAAGUAACAUAUGGAAAUGAAGUAUAGACAGGAAAAGUUAUCUUUUCAAUGUUCACUUGAAAUUUAAGAUACCAGCACUUUUAACACACUAAAGGUAGAAUAAAAAUUAAUAAGAUAUAAAUAAUAGAAUUAGCACCUGAGCACCUAAUCACAAAUGAACAGUGCAAUCAAUCAUUAUAAUUUUGAUCUAUUUACUACCAAUUACAGAAAUUACUAAUGAAAAAUAAAUCAAAAAAUAACCUAAUCAUCCUGUUAACCUAUACCUUAAGUCUCACCUUUGGCAACAUGGCAAAAUCUAUAAUCCUACCUCUAUAAACAGCUCUGACCUUUGGCUAUUUCUACUGAUGGUUUCAUGGCAGCUUGCUCAGACUUUUAAAUUUUAGAAGGUACUAGAUCACCUCCUAAAAUCCUGUCAUGCAGAGCCAACACUAUCUACCUUCAGAACUUCCAGAGUAUCCCAUGCCACGAAAUGCUGUUUGAGUAGCAGUGAAACUACUGAUCAUCUCAGACCUAGAAUUUCUUCUGCAAAGUCAUGUGAUGUUUUACCAUUACGAAACUUGACAAAACAUAAAUUUCAUCUAUGAGAAGAAACUGAAAUGAAUAUGAUUUUUAUUAUAACUGAUCCAUAGCGCUUUCUAUCUCCUUAAUGUUCAAGUAUCUGUCUUGCAGUGUUUCCUUUUUCCGCAUUUUAGGUACUUUUUUACUCUUCCAUCUGUCUUGAACCAUGCUAACCUUAUCCCCAAAGCCAUCAUAAUUCAAAUCCAUUGCUAACUGUUUACAGACAUGCCUACUAUUCUUCCCUAAAAAUUAGGCCUUAAACACUUCAUGUACUAAAUAUAUCCCUGGCCUCGUGUUGCAUUCAACAUUCAGUAAAAUUCAGAAUUUGUUUAAAGAAUAAUCUGUGGUGCAUACAGCUGUACAAUUAACCAUCAAAUGUAAAGAGAGACUAAAGUACAACAGGCAGCUGUUGCUGAUCUGCAAACAAUUUUUAACAGUAACAAUUACAAAUCACAUUUCCUAUAUUGAGAUUAACCAUUUCAUGAUCCUAGAAUAGGGGGGGGGAAAACAUGCAAAUGGAAUUCCUGGGGAACGACAAAAAGUAGUAUAACAAAUGAAAGUAGUUUGGAAACACAACCAUGAAGGUCAAAAAGGGAAAGGAGAAAGGGGAGGGGAAGGAAUUGAGUUGUGUAGCAUGUUCCUUAAGUUGCACUGAGAGAAUUCCUAGAAGUAAAAAUAUUUUCCCAGUUGCAACUUAAUGAGUUAUAACUGAAACCUCAACUAUCACAAUCACAUUAUGGUUCUGUGUUAGGCUGUUGUUCCUAAUGUCAUCAAUCUGCAGAUCUUACAUAUGGCACCUCUAAAUAUGAGGUUGAUACUCCUGGCAUACUUGCAUAUGUAACUCUUUAAGAAAAUAGUAAUUUUUUUUCUGGAACUGAUAGGCACUGCCUCAUAUCCAAAACUACAGAUAAGUAUCAGUCCCAGCUCUUGCCUCUGUGUCCUUUAAAGCUUUGUAUUUGACUUUAAACGCAUUUUUCCUGGUGAGAACAGAGCUCAAUUGGCAGGUUUGGCUGUCUGCCAAGCUUUGACUGAAGACUCCUGGAAAAAAUAGAGGUAUAGCUUCAUCCUGAAAACUGACAAUGUAAACAUUCUGAAGUGUCUGCUGUGAAAUAAGUACAAGACUGCCUCAGUCUUCCUAUAGUGUCUUCCAAAAAGACAGAGGAGAAGGAAUAAGAACACUGGCAUAUUCAGUCAUUUGGCCUCACAAAAAAUUAAAAUUUUUCAGAAGUAGAAGUCAAUGACUGUGUCUUGAAAGUAUUACUUCCCAGCUGUUUGGCUAGCUAUGUAUCACCGCAUACAGUGACAUGUAACAUGAGUCUUAUAAUGUCAACAUAAUUAUUUAAAGUGCUUUAUCCUAAUGCUCAUAACAAAAUUUAGACAUCCUCAUUAUACUAGGUAGGUUUGUAGCCUAAAAAAUUCAUUCAUGCUCUUUCCACAAUGAUGUGGUUUAUGUUCUGAUAAACAUCUAAAGACGCUUAUGACUAAUAACACUUGCAACAAGUUGAUUUUUUCCCAACAUAACUCUACUGAUUUUCAAGACCAUGCCAAUGAUGUAUUAGCAGUUCAAAUACUUCCUGUUUCAAAGAACAUGAAUUAUGUUUUUCAAGAUAAUUUUGAAUAGAAUACAAAAUAUUUGUAAUAAAUAAACAGAAGCAAAUUCUAACACGUUGACUUAAUUUUGAAAGUGAACCAUUUUCAUUAUAUUUCAACACUGUAAAAAAAAAAAAUAAAGCCCUACAGUUGUAAAUUCAAGCUAUUCUGCUUGAAUUCAAUAUAAAUUUAACGUCUCCCCUGAGUGAGAGAUAAUCUUAAAUGAUCAGCUGCAAGAAAAUGACUGACAUGAAUGCAAAGCUCAGCUUCUGGGUGACAGUUUGGGUUCAAGGGGCAACCCAAACUGUGAGGCUAAGGUUCGUCUUGGUUUGCUCUACGUGCAGCUCAAUGAUGCAAUUAGUCCUAGGAGAGGCCAUUUAUUCUCUUAUAUUAAGUCUGACAUUCUCUGAAGAGAAGAAAACAAUUAUUAAUAAGUAUUUCAUUAUGUGUAUAAAUGAAAUUGAAUUUGAAAUGAAUGCAUAAAACAAUGUAUUAAUCUCUAAAAAUCAGAAUCAGAUAAAAUCAUAGACUGUAAAAGGUCAGCCACUGCUCAAAUCUUCCACAGACUUUAAAGAGUAUUGGUUCAGGCCCCAGAGCUGAGACCAUUAGUUAUUGAUUUUAAGCUAUUAUUUGAAACCUUCAGAAUUUGUUUCUAAAUAACCAAGAGAAGAAAUAGACACAUUAGUUCCUACACUAGAACUCUUCUAUUUUUUAUUAUAACCAGUCCUUACACAGGAAACAAGACAAUUUAGAAAGCCGGAGAGAGUUAGAGAGCAAAAUUAUUCCAGAGAAGCUUUCUCUUUAUCCAGUGUUUUCCCUCCCACACAGAAAAGUGGAACACAGAUGCCCUCGGUUCUUAGAAAUGAGUAGAAAAAGAAGAAAAAGCUGCAAGGGCAGAAAGAGCUCUGAUUCCAGAGAAUAUGAACAGUUAUCAUCCAUUUGUAAAUGCCAGCAAAGUGUAGGAAGCCUUGAAAAUAAAGCAGAUGAGGCUCUGGCUCACUUUGCAGAGCCACCGGAUAUAAAGAGUACUGGCGAAGAUGGCAAAGAUCAUGAAAACAAGAAUCAGAGUAGCUCGGAAGCUUCUGAAGAUAGAGAUCUUGAUAACAUAUCAGACAGUGAAAAAGAAGGAAAGAAGAAAAAGAACUGCCCUCCUAAAAUGUUUUCUCCUCAGCAAGAUGAAAUCCUAGCUACGGUAACUUUUGGUGAAUCAGAGGGCUCAUCCAAAGGAAAAAUUACGCUGUGGGGCAAGCCAGACUCUUCAGAGUCCAUUACCUUGACCACUGGAAAAAUUUCUGCAGAAGUAAAAUAUGGCUCUUUUAACUUGAAGGUAGAAAUUAAGAAUGUUUCUUUAUCUGAUUCUGGAACAAACAUUGUGGCUGAAAAAAAGAAAAGUUCUAAGAACAAAAAACGUUGUCAUGAAAGACAAUACCAGAAAAGUCAAGGUUCAAAAUGUUCAAAGUACCAGUGUCCUUCAACUUACCAUUCAGCAGAAGACAAUGGGAAAUACAGGGGAUCCUCUAAACAUAGAAUUCAAACUGCCAUCAACGGAAGUGCCUCCUUGGAAAUGAACAUUGAAGCAAAAGAAAUUCAAGUACAAUAUACCAGUGGAAAGAAAAAUCUGAAGGUUAACAUCAAAGCUGGUGAGCAGGCACAGAGCAAAGCAUUCAACAAGGAACAUGAAGAUACGUAUUGGAGUGAAACAGAUUAUUCUGUAACAGAGGCACCAUGUAAUACAGAUUGUGAGUCGUCUUUUAGCUUUCAUGAAAAAGUAGAUUAUACAUUUCCAGAUGGAUGUACACUUCUCCCUCCACCUAAAGAAUUUGCUGACUGUGACAAAAUGCAUCUGGAUACAAUUGCAGAGGGGGUGUCUUUGUACCCUGUUAAUAGCAGAAAGGACUCUGACAGCCUCUCUACAGCCUUGAGUAUUUGGGGGAAAGAAAAUUUUUUCUGUAAACUUAACAAAGAGGACUAUGAAGACCACACCAAUGAAAAGGAAGAUUUUUCAAAAGACAAAAUAAUUUUGUCAAAAAUAAAUAAUACAAAUUGUCUUGUAGCUAUUAAUGUUUUGCAUAACCCAAACAAUGGGAAGGAGUGUAUCAGUAAGAACAAUGCAUUAGGUCAAGGAAGAAAUAACUGUGACAAACGAAGAGACACAGGACAAAAACCAGCAAGAAGUAAGUCUUUCCCAGAUACUACUCUCAACGUACCAUCACCAAUUGACCCUAGAAGGGAUUCUGGCUUUUAUUCAUUGCCAUCCUUAAAAGUAUUGCAUAAGGAGGCCAAAGCAGGGGAUGUCUAUAACAGGAACUCACAUAUUCAUACAAAAUAUACAGAACUUUCUAAAUGUCCUGACUUGACCUCCUCACUAACAGAGCUUUGCAAGUGCCCUGACUUGACUUCUCCACUGAAAAAUUUGAGAAGUCUUAAGUCUUCAUAUCAGUAUGCUUUCACAUCAUUUGAUCAUAAUGUUACCAUUUAUCCAUCUGAGCCUGAAGAAAGUUUAGACGGCACUUAUUUGCUGAAUGACUAUGCAGACUGUGCAGGGCAAGGUGAAGAAACAGAAGAAACAUUAUUGGAGAGUGUUCAUUCCAGUGGUACUAUAAAUGACAAAAAGGAAAAUGGGUGUGAAGAGCCUCUUAGAAAUCUGGCCAUGUGGAAGGAAGACUCUGAGUCCACUGAAGAAGUUUUAGAUAAAGGGACAACAGAGUACAACUAUAUAGAAAAGCAUUUGGAAUGGCAAAACAAAGCUCAACUGGUACAGGUCACUCCACAUUCUAGAAGCCCUGCAGGUGAAUUCAUUAAUGACAAGGAGAGUGCUAAUUAUGCAUCUACAGAAAACAUCCCAAAACAACUUUCAGCCUUAGAGCUAAAUGUUCACCCACCCUCUGCAGAGUCUGAGGUAACAAAUAAACGGAGAGGAUCAGUACCAAAUGACUCUCCAGUGAUAAAUGGAAAACUAGAUGGAAGAUUGAUCCAAGAUGAUACUACAUUGACAUCUGAAUGUUUUGGCUCUGCAGUAAGAAAAGAGUCUAACUUAUUCUGCAGUACAACAGAAAAAUCUUUGCUGUCAUCCUUGUGGUUAGAUCCCAAGGAGCAAGACAUAAAUAAAGAAUCAGAAAACUUUUCUGAGAUACAAGACCUAUGUGGGUAUACCCUUGUUGAAUCUGAUUGCCAUGAUUCAGCAGACGCUUCUGUAUUAUCUACAUCUUCUGCAUGUACAGAAAAGAAAGAGAAUAUCACAGAACAUUCAAAUGUUAAGGAAAGGUCAGAGAACUUUUGCAGUAAACAGUCAACUGAUGAUACCUUAAGGAGAGAGCCUGGAGCACAUCAACAACCUCACUUACCCAAAUCCAACUCUGAAGAAAUUGAGAAAGGUUUUGAAAUUAAAGAAAAUUAUUAUGACAAUGCAGAUAUCACCCUAUCAUCAGUAAAACAGAUUAGUCAGAAAGACUUAAAAUCAGAAAUGAAUAAAACCAGAAAGCUACCUUUGAAGAAGGACACCAGAGCAAGUGACAGUUCCCAGGAGGAUGCAAUAGACCAGUGGGCCAGAAGACGGAAACAGUUCAAAGACAGCAAAAAAUGCAGUUCAACUGGAGGAAGCUCCAUAAACAGCACAAUCACUGAGGGAUCAAUAAAUUCAGAGGAUGCUCGAUCAGUAGAUCUGGGACUAUAUGCCGAAAAUGAAGACAGAGGUUUUUAUACAGAAAACUUUCAUUCUGCUUCCUGGGUUUUCAGAGGAGAUGAUGUCUCUCCAGAUAACAGUCCUAGAUGUCUCAGCAAAAGACCUAGACCAGUGGCAAUUCGAGAAAGAACAGUGAAGAUUGCUAAAGGAACUGGUAAUUAUCCUUGGGGUUUCAGGAUCCAGUUCUCAAAGCCUAUCCUUGUGACUGAAGUUGACACAAAUAGUGCAGCUGAAGAAGCUGGGCUUCAGGUUGGGGAUAUUCUAAUAGCAGUCAAUGGAACUGAUGUCACCAGCAUGCCACAUUCAGAAGCUGCCAAUCUGGCAAGGAAGGGUCCUGAUAUCCUGACUAUGAUUGUGGGAUCAGACAUCAGCCGUUACCCCAACACCCCCAGACCUACCUGCCGAGGAUAUCUGCAUAAACGAACACAGUCAGCGAUUCUGAAGGGCUGGAGAAAGAGGUGGUUUGUGCUGAAACACAAUGGUUACCUGCACUAUUACAAACACAAGAAGGAUGAAGGGAAGUGCAGACCCCUGGAAGUAACGAAGCUGGAAGGAGCAGAAAUUGGUGUUGACACCAGUCUGGGGAAACCAUUUGUUUUUAAAUGUAUACCUCAAACUGGAAACAGGAUUUUCUACUUCUGUGCAACUUCCAACCAAGAAAUGAAGAGGUGGCUGGAGGCUAUGGAUAAAGCAGUGCAUCCUGUCCAUCAGAACCAUGUGUGGGUAGAUGUCACACUACAUAACACUACACUCCCACCCUUGGCUAUCAAAAAUCCCGAGUGCCUGGGUCUUCUCCACCAGCUGGACAGGAGCAAAGAUGUCUGGAUUCAGCACUACUGCAUUCUGAAGGAUGGCUGUUUGUACUUUUAUGCCACUCUCCGGUCUACACCUGCCCAAGGUGGCCUUUACCUACAAGGGUAUAUUGUGAGUGAACAGUCUCUGGGGUCCAAGAGAUCUGUAAUUGAACUCAAACCUCCAUCUGAAGAAUUUAAAACCUUUUACUUAUGUGCAGAGAAUGUAAAUGAAAACAAAAGGUGGAUUACAGCCUUGAAAGCUUCAAUUAAUAAAUGGUUACCCCUGCACCAGGCAAUCCAAGAUUUCAUGAACAGACCACUGGAGGAGACAAGGAUGUGAGAAGGUGGCUCAGUUUUUCCCCAGUUAUGUUUUGCAUUUUAAAUUUCAUGCUAUGUCUUCUGAUUCAUCUCAAAAGAUGCUGUAGCAGCAGCUAAUCUUUAGCAUUGGUAUACAUUCAUAACUUUUGUAAGCAUUAGUAAAUAAACGGAAAGCAAGGUUGC